AUGAUGAGCUUCAAGGGCCACGACGGAUUCGGGCAGGCCUCCAAUGGUGGUGGUGGUGGAGCCUCCGUGCCAUGGUGGACGGUGUCCCAGAUGCUGUACGGGGAGCCGGGGGCCGCCUUGUCGUCGUCGCCGGAGGCGGAGCCUCGCCGGGACGCCCAGUUCCAGGUCGUGCCCAGAGCUCAGGGCAUCCUGGAUCCACUGCUGGCGCCCAAGAGCGGGGCUCCUGAGGUCCUCAAGUUCUCGGUGUUCCAAGGGAAUUUGGAGUCGGGAGGCAACAAAGGAGAGAAGCCCAUGGAGCACUCCGCCACCAUCGCACUGCAGUCGCCGCUCCCGGAAUACAACAGUCGCUUCGAAUUUGGCCCGGGUCCUUCCAUGAUGUCUUCUGGUUAUCCUUCAGCUGAGCAGUGCUAUGGCCUGCUUACCACUUACGCGAUGAAAUCUACGCCUGGUGGCCGAUUGCUCUUGCCACUGAAUGCAACAGCUGACGCGCCGAUUUACGUGAAUGCGAAGCAGUAUGAAGGCAUCCUUCGCCGCCGCCGUGCUCGUGCCAAGGUGGAGCGAGAGAAUCAGCUGGUGAAAGGAAGAAAGCCGUAUCUUCACGAAUCACGCCACCGCCACGCGAUGCGCCGGGCGAGGGGCACGGGAGGGCGCUUCCUCAACACCAAGAAGGAGGGGAAUGGCAAGGACGCUGGAGGAGGAGGCAAGAGGGCAGAGUGCGCCCCGCCCACGCGCUUCGCCACGUCUCCGAGCUCCGUCAUCCCGAGCAACCCGCACUCCCGGAGCAGCAUCUCGAGCCUCUCCGGCUCGGAGGUGUCGAGCAUGUACGACCACGACGACGUGGACCACUACAACAGCAUCGAGCACCUCCGGACGCCCUUCUUCACCCCGCUGCCGAUCAUCAUGGACGGCGAGCACGGGGCAUCCGCCCCCUUCAAGUGGGCCACGGCCGCCGACGGCUGCUGUGAGCUCCUCAAGGCGUGA